AUGGGAAAAGAAGAAGAAGAAUUAAAUCAUAUUUGGGAACUUUUCAAAGACCAACCCGAGGAAAUCAGGGCCAAAAGACAACAAGUAACCAGCAUUUUGAAUGAAAAUCCAUUAUCAUCAUUUCCAAAAUCCAUUUCAAUACUAACAGCAUUUGAUGAAUUAUUCGAAUGUUUCUCCAUAGGAGGACAAAUCAGGAAUUAUUAUAGAUACGGAUCUUUAGAUUCAUGUAUUGAUCAAAGAGAAAAAUUUUGGUUUGCCAUGAAACACGGGAAUCUUUAUGGAGAAACCAAAAUCACUGAAGAUUCAGAUAUUAAACAAAUAGAUAAUGCUAAUAAAGUACAAGAGUUUUUCAAAACUAGAUUGAUAAAGAUGAAAGCCACGGGAAGUUCAGAAGAUAUAUGGGAUGCAAGGAGUAAACCACUAAACAAUCCUUUUAAAGAAUAA